UCCAAGAAAACAAUAACAAGAAAGACAACAAAUACAAUAGAAACAACAUCAGGACAUGUUCUGGAAGCAGGACAAUCCCACCAAACCUGACGAUUGAAAAACAUACGAGAUUCAAGAAGAGAGAGCUCCAAACUCAGGUUAUACAUACAACUCUACUGUUACAACAGGCUGUAACAACACAAAUGAAUUGCACACAUUGGUAGCCUGUUGUAUAUAUAAAUCAAAGAUUCUAGAAUCUAUCAAAACAAAAAAUACAUGUACUGCAUUAUCACUACUCAAAAAUGAGCUACGUUUUAGAGCAGAAACACAAGGUAAUGUCAAUAAAUAAGUGAAUAAACAUAUAAAAACAAAGAUGUAAAAAAUUUUCAAAAUAGACAGGUUAUAAACAAAAUAAUUGUAACGAUGCAAAUGCUUUCUUUAAUGUUUGAAUAAAGGUGCUGGCUUCACCACAAGAGAGGGAGCAAGAGAGAGAGAGGGUGGUGGGGGGGGGGAAGAGAGAGAGAGAAACUCUACGUUACAACGUAAGGGAUUUACACUUGGUUGAUUAACUUUGACAACUGAAUUUAACAGUCAGCAGAAAACUUUAUAAAACUGUACAAUGUAAAAGUGCACUCUUAACCUGGUGUUGACGUUACCACAUGCAAAACUAUUCAGACUAUAACACAAAGCAGAAGCUGGACUAUCAAUGAAAUUUUACAAGAUACAUAGUAUAUAACUGCGCACAAGUUACCAUACAAUUUAUGUAUGUAGUAGGCCUUAGUUAACAGUUGCAUAAUCGGAUGUACAUUUUCAACAUAAACUAAUGCUCUGUCCAACAUUAUCAAGUGAAUAAUUAAAAAAAAGCUUUAAGAAAAUGCCUACAACCUUUUGUCUUCAGAGAACUAGGAGUACAUUUUCUAGCUCUGGCAUAAUUGCAUAGCUCAGAAGAUUGUUCACUUAGCCUUGUAAUUGGAAACUACAUCAAACCUUAACGAUCAAUAUUUUACUUUACUGUUAAUUAGCUUCAAUUUAGGGGGCGUAUCUCAUUUUAAAAUGUAUUACGCAUCUCGUUAGUCGACUUAUGAAAUGUUCGAAACAGAGUGUGGUGAAUAUUAAUGAGCACAGUUUUCCGCAUCGUUCGCGCCACAAAUACACACAAUAUAGGCACCACCAACUUAGAAUACGGCAAGAUGGUGCCCGUGCGCCGUUAUCAUAUUGAACCGCACCAGGAAUAAUACUAAACGAUUUCGUUUUUUAAAUCUUAAUGUAGGAAGCAAAUUUACCAAUAAUAUAAGUUUACCUUUAUAUUAAAGAAACACGAAACGCUGAAUGGCACAUUUGAGCAAUAACUUCUAAACGGCAGUCACAUCACUCUGGUUAAUUAAUAUUUGGCUAAACCUCUAGACACAAUGUAUAAAAUAAUCUCAAAUUACGCCAAGCUAAACUCGUGUAUAUAUCAGAGAUCAUUGUAUGAAUCAUCAACAGGAAAGACAUUUUAGAAAGCUUCAACUUCAGGAGUGGGCUACUCCUUGCAGGCAAUUAUUGUUGCGCAUCGAGGAUUUCAUACAAUGGGUAACGACACAGGUGUAUCUGAAGGUUCUCCUCACGUUCUCAUUAUCGCAUUGCGAACUUUAUUCUUGAUCCUAUGCGCCUUCCUGACAAUUGGCGGGAACAUUCUGAGUAUUCUGGUCUUAAACAGACUGAAGUCCAUGUCUGAAGUCCCAAAGAUAUUUCUGCUAUCUCUUGCAUUUACCGAUCUCUGCAUGGGACUUUUAAACGAUUUGUUUUCGAUCAUUCCUGGAAUUACUUCUUCGUGGCCUUAUGGAGAUGCCUUCUGUAAAGUGAUUGGUAUUUCUGGAAGUAUCUUCUGCGGCGUGUCUCUGUUAUCGUUGAUGUCUGUUAGUGUCGAUCGCUACAUUGCUAUUUCGAAACCGCUGCACUACAUACAGCUAGUGACUAGACCACGCGCUCUCUGUGUGGUCACCACCAUUUGGAUUUCCACCUGUAUUUUAGUUACAUUAUCAUCAAUUCUAAAGGGUGACGGCUCAGUAAUUUAUAAUCCCCGACUCUGUACAUGUAUGGUGGCAUGGGGCGAUACAGAGUUCAAAACUUUCAACCUCAUUACAUUAUUCGCAUUUAUCAUGGUUCCUGCCAUCGGGAUGUUACUUCUUUACAUCAGACUAUUUUUCAUAAGUAGACGGCACAUUCGUAAGAUUACAGAAGUGUCAACUGGCAAUCCACCGGUGAUUUCUAGACAUGAGAGGAAGGCCAUUAAAACGUUAUUUAUCGUUACAGGUGCAUUUAAUGUUGCUUGGUUGCCAUUUUUAAUUGCUCACUCAUAUUUGGCUAUCAGCGGUAAAGUUAUCGAUGACAGAUUAUUAUUUUUCGUUCUUUGGCUGGCGAUUUCAAAUAGUUGGUGGAACGUUUUAAUAUAUUCUGUCACCAACCGUGCAUACAGAAAUACAGCAUCUGCAUUUUUAAUAUCGCUGUUGCCAGGCAGCAGAAACAUUGUGCAAAGAUUCAAUGGUGAUCCAGAGGAUACGAACACAAACUAGUUUAAUACAGUAAAUGACAAAUGAACAGUACCACAAAUAAAAACUCAAUCUGUAUUUUAUAUCAUUCAGAACGACUGACUCGUUGUACGCAAAUUGAUAACAAUGCUAAAUUGCUGUAUAACACACAGUGGUUUUCGAAACUUGGCUUUCAUUUUGAAAUAAGAACAUUAUGACUGAAUGGACUGGCCUUUUGAUUAUAUAUACAGUGAAAGAGAUCAGA